AUGGGCCUUGCAUUUGUCCGACGUAGUGUUUCUUCCUUUUUUAAACUACCGAACCGCGAAUUUAUUGGGAUAGAGGGCGCCGGUGCUGCUGAAUUCCUGCAGGGUCUCAUGACCAAUGAUAUUCGUCUUCUAGAUCAGAGCAAAUCGUCCAUUUACGCCUUCUUUCUCAAUACAAAGGGUCGUGUGGUCUGCGAUACUCUCGUUUACAACAUCACCCACAAGGACGCUGUUGUGCCCCACUUUUUGAUCGAGUGUGAUGAUAAAAGCAAGCCGAAUCUGCUCAAGAUGUUGAAUUUUUAUAACAUCAGGAAGAAGGUACGCAUUUCGGAGGAGACGCCGGGUGUGGACGCAUUUGUGUGCGUAUGUGAACACGAAAAAGAUACAAGUGUUGUGGAUACUGAUGAUGUCCUUUUCAAUGGAGCCGACCCGCGAGCUUUUCGCCGAUGGUGCUGGAGAAUCCUUUUAAAGUCUUGCGCAACAGGCGACAUUCCUUUCGAAAUUGGCAGUCAGGAGAGCUUGCUUCCAAUUUACACUCGAGCUCGUUAUCGUCUCGCGUUGCCGGAAGGGGCGGAUGAGCUUAAAGCUUGUAAUGGCUUCCCCCUUGAGGCCAAUGCCGACCUCUGUAACGGUGUGAGCUUCUCUAAGGGCUGCUACAUCGGCCAAGAGCUGACUGCUCGGUCUCAUUUUGUUGGGGUUAUCCGACGGCGCAUCGCCCCCAUCCUCUUUGAGUCACCAGUUGAUCCAAAAAUAAUGCUUCGUGAUUCGCCAAUUUACAGGAUUGAGAAAGAGAGCAAUAAGGUCGUUGGCCAACGUCCAGUUGGUUGGGUCCGCGCCAUCGAGGCUCUGCCAUUGCCACCAACUCUGUCCCAGACACAACACGGUCUUGCCCUUCUCCGAUUGGCUGAAUGUGCUUCAGCUGUAGCCUGUGGGGAUCGUCUCUGGGUAGAUACCUCAGGAUCUUCGCAUGUCCCGGAACUUUGCAAUCAAAAUGCAUUCUGUUGUUUUACUUAUUUAAAUCGGUAUGCGGUCUGCUUAGAUAGUUUCUCGAUGUUAUCUGCUUUGGCACUGAGACGGCUUGUGGUUAUUCGGGGCAGUAUUUGGACAGCACCACUUGGCUGUUAUCAUUCUACAAUAGUCUAUUCCUACCCUUUGAGCUUUACAAAGCCCCUAGUUACUCCUAGCUAUUUGCCAUUUACGGUAACAGAUCGCUCAAAUGUAUUCGAAUUUCACCAACCAGAUGUUCUCUCGAACCAGAAUCGUUUUCUUAGCGUUAAGGCACGAAAACCGGAACCCGAUGCACCGUUGGCAAAUGAGCCCGCCAUCAAACCCCCGCAAAAGCUGACUUUAUUGCAGCGAUUUAAAGAUGCUUAUAAGGUGUACGGAAAGGUUUUAAUCGUUGUCCAUGGUGUCACCUCGGCCGCCUGGCUCGGCGUUUUCUACCUAAUUGCUUUUAGUGGGGUCAAUAUCGCAGAUGCCUUAAAGGCUCUUAACGCACCUGAGUGGGUGUUAAGGCCCUUCGUUUCACACAGCUUGGGCAUUUGGGCCACUGCGCUGAUCCUUUACAAGCUCGCAACACCAUUCCGCUACUUUGCAACCCUAGGACUGACCCGUAGUGUCGUUCAAAGGCUCCGAAAUCGCGGUAUUAUUCCCCCAAUCGCUGAGGAAGACCGACUUAGGAAUUUGGCUCGCCAGGGAGUUCACCUGUCGCGGGUUCGAUCCGUUUUUCCCAUUCUUAGCGGUUUGAAUGUUGCCGAACUCCUACAGAACCUUCAUGUACCAGACUGGGUUUUGAAACCAUUCAACGCUGCUGGUGGUUCUGUCGGACUGUUCGCUUCGGCUUACAUACUAUAUAAGGUCGCAGCACCCAUUCGGUACGGUCUCACUCUCUGGCUGACUCCCAUCAUUGUGCACCGUCUUCGCGCCGCUGGUAGGCUGCCCCCACUCGCAGAGAGUGACCGACUGCGCAACCUUGUCCGUGAGGGGGUCACUGAAACUAAAAUCAAGCUACGUAGGACGAGACGCUCCUGGAAGUCGAAACGACCAGUCAAGAUUUUUCGAAGUAAAUAG